AAAACCGAGUUGGUAUAUAGUGGUAUUUAUUUUGAGGCCGCAUGGUAUUUUUCACCGUCUGUCGCGCGGUCACACCGGCAUCUUUCUUUUCUGCGCACCACGUUUCCGAUUCGACGUCAAAAUGAAUGCGACCCUUCCGAUUUCCAAGAAACGCAAGUUCGUUUCCGAUGGCAUCUUCAAGGCUGAAUUGAACGAGUUCCUGACUCGCGAACUCGCCGAGGAUGGCUACUCCGGCGUGGAGGUCCGUGUGACCCCCUCCCGCACUGAGAUCAUCAUCAUGGCCACCAAGACCCAGCAGGUGCUGGGUGAGAAGGGCCGUCGCAUCCGGGAGCUGACCGCCAUGGUGCAGAAGCGUUUCAACUUCGAGACCGGACGCAUUGAGCUGUACGCCGAGAAGGUUGCCACUCGUGGUCUGUGCGCCAUUGCCCAGGCUGAGUCGCUCAGGUACAAGCUCACCGGAGGACUGGCCGUCCGUCGUGCUUGCUACGGUGUGCUCCGUUACAUUAUGGAGUCCGGAGCCAAGGGCUGCGAGGUCGUCGUGUCCGGCAAACUGCGUGGUCAGCGUGCCAAGUCGAUGAAGUUCGUCGAUGGCCUGAUGAUCCAUUCGGGAGAUCCGUGCAACGACUACGUCGAGACCGCCACCCGUCAUGUGCUCCUGCGCCAGGGAGUGCUCGGUAUCAAGGUCAAGGUCAUGCUGCCCUACGAUCCCAAGAACAAGAUCGGCCCCAAGAAGCCGCUGCCCGACAAUGUGUCCGUUGUGGAGCCCAAGGAGGAGAAGAUCUACGAGACGCCCGAGACGGAGUACAAGAUCCCCCCGCCCAGCAAGCCACUGGACGAUCUGUCCGAGGCGAAAGUUUUGUAAACCUAGUUUUACUGUUCAUCCAAUGAGCGACUAGCUGAAAGAGUUGCCCUCAAAUACAACAAAACGACAGAAACAAAACAAAAACACAUAAUUCAAUAAACAAAAUCACUAAGUAAUAA